AUGCUCAGGGCUUGCAAGCCGCAGCGGCCCGAGGAGCCGGAGGAGGCCGGCUGCAGCUCCCGGGCCACCCCGCCAGUCCAAUCCAAACCGCUUACCUCUUUCCUCAUCCAGGAUAUCCUGCGGGACCACACAGCAAGGCGCGGUGGCCACACCUGCAGCCCACAGUCCCCGCGCCUGAGGAAUCCAAUGCCGGACCCAGGGCCGGAGCCCGCAGGAGAAAGAGGCUGCGCCGGUGCGCCAGAAGAGGCAAACACCGGGUCCAGAGCCGCACUCGGGGAGGUCGAGACGCUGGUGGAGACGGAGCCAGCUAGGCACUUUGAGACCUAUCUGCUAGACUGUGAGGACACGGCAGGCACCUUCCCAACAAGCCUUCCACAAACCGCCAAGCAACCACAGAAGCGCUCGCGAGCCGCCUUCUCCCACACUCAGGUCAUCGAGUUAGAGAGGAAGUUCAGCCAUCAGAAAUAUCUGUCAGCCCCAGAAAGAGCACACCUGGCCAAGAACCUCAAACUCACAGAGACCCAAGUGAAAAUAUGGUUCCAGAACAGACGUUACAAGACUAAGCGGAAGCAGCUCACCUCGGACCUGGGCGAGUUGGAGAAGCGCGCCUCGCUGCCGGCCCUGAAGGAAGAGGGCUUCUCACGGGCCUCCCUGGUCUCUGUGUACAACUACCCGUGCUACCCCUAUCUUUACUGCUUGGGCGGCUGGAGCCCUGCUUUCUGGUAG